GGGCAAGCGUUGGGAGUUUGUUUCCUCGCUUUGCGACCAGAACAGAGCAACAUAAACAAGCAGACACUCUCAUUCCUGCCGCUUGUCUAUACAUAAACUCCAACACCCGACCUGUCGUCGUCACUUUCUUGACCCAACUAUCUCAAAACAACCAUGUCGCCAAGCGCCCUGCCCACCGAGAACGGUGAGAUCCCAGUCGAAGUGGGCGUGGUGCCCAACCCGAACCCGUCGAUCACCGGCCGAUGGACCGUGGAUAAGGUGCUCGAGACGAUCCCGACGGGAAAGCCUGCGGAGGGGACGAGCUCGCCAGUGGGAUACUUCCACAUCCUCGAGCGUCUCAAGACGACAAAGCGGGAGGGCUGGCGGAGAUUCGGGAUCAAUCGGGGCGAGUCGAUCUCGGAUCACAUGUACCGGAUGUCCAUGAUGAGCAUGCUUGCGCCGCCGUCGCUCGCCGCCAGGCUAGACCUGAACAAGUGUAUGAAGAUGUGCCUGAUCCACGACAUGGCUGAGUCCCUCGUUGGCGACAUUACGCCCGUCGACGACGUCCCAAAGCCCGAGAAGAGCCGGCGCGAGGCGGAGACGAUGGACUACAUCACCAAGCGGCUCCUGGGCAACGUGGACGACGGCAAGGUUGGGGCGGAAAUCCGCGCCAUCUGGCAGGAGUACGAGGAUUCGAAGACGCUCGACAGCCUCUACGUUCACGACAUCGACAAGAUGGAGCUCCUCGUGCAGAUGGUCGAGUACGAGAAGCGCGGCAAGGGGAAGCUGGACCUAGGCGAGUUUGCCUACGUCCAGACCAAAAUCGUGCUGGACGAAGUCAAGACCUGGGCAGAAGAGAUCAUGAAGGAGCGCGAGGACUUCUGGGCGGGGCAAGCGCACGUGCACGGAGAAGCUGGUGUUGCUGGCGGCGUUCCUCCUGAGAAAAUGGCCAAGCAAGAUGCGUAUUACAGCAGGGAGUAGGCGGUUCACUCCAUAUUUGCUCUCUUGUCCCGCCUUUCCUUUUCGCUUUUUUUUUUUUUUUGUUCAUGUCCUUCCCCGUAGUUUUGUGGAUGGUGCACUUGAGCGGCAACAGUUACCAUAGAUUUGUGGCUUUCCGUCGGGUUUUGGGAACUUGCGUUACGGUCUUCGCCGCCAUAGACUGUUUACGGCCAAGGAUUGGGACGUCUGGGCUAUGCAUCAUGGGUCGGGAAUCAAUACGACAUUUGAACAUAUCGUUCGCAUAACCGUUUGUAGCGGAGUCAACGUGUUUGCGCAGUCUAAACUGUUGGGGAAAGUGACCCCGCACUCAGAGACGGGAAGCACUGAUG